AUGUGCUCCACUGGAGUCCUACUAGCUCGCGCAUGUGCUGUGCUCAUGUGUUUGGCCGUCGUGGCGCGAGCACCGCCGGCCAAGGUCCAUGCCAUGGGGACAGGGAAUGGGCACCUUGGUAUCCCUACCAAUGCCUCCCUGGCGCACUGUCCCUCCUACUGUGGGGAUGUCAAAAUCUCGUACCCCUUUGGGAUAGGGCCGGGCUGCUUCCGGCAAGGCUUCGAGCUCACCUGCGACAGCACAACUGGUUCUCCCAGGCUCAUCUUCCAGCUGGGAAACAACUCGACUCAGGUGACUUCUAUAGAUGUCGGCAGCAAUUAUGUUUGGGCUUCUGCUGUUGGGUACAAUAUCACCAUGGGCUUAGGUGUGGACACCUACACUCAAUCCUGGGAGGCCCCUACUGGUGUUGUUAUCGAUUCUAUGAACAGUAUAUAUGUAGUUGGAUGUGGUGUCGACAUCUACAUGUUCGGUGAUAAUACGACAGAUCUCAUUGGUUCUUGCAUGAGUAUUUGCCCAGAUAAUAGAGAGAUCAUGGAGAGGGCAAACAUGGGCUACGGUGCCUGUGAAGGGUUUGGCUGCUGCGCCAUCUGGUCAUCAUUAGCGGGCCGGCAAGCAAUUACUCUCAAGCUUGGCCGCCGCAAUAGUACGAUUGCACUGUUAGAUGAGGCGCGCUCUAGUAUCAAGGUCAUCUUUUCGGAAUACUAUCACUUCGUUAUAGGUGAUCUUUAUGCAAGUUGGGUGAAUACAAGCAAUGUUCGAGGUAUGUUACUUGACAUUGCAAUCACGGACCGACCAAGCUGCGCAAGUGCCCAAUCCCAAGAGAACAACGAUACCUAUGCAUGUAAUAGUGAAAGCAUCUGCAGGGAUCUACCAGUAUCUCGAGGAGGCUACAAUUGCUUCUGCCCUGGUCAAAUGGAAGGCAACCCCUAUGUUGUAGCUGGCUGCAUAGAUUACAAUCCAAAGGCACCCAAUGACAACUGUACGAGAUUAUGUGGAAACAUAACCAUUCCAUUUCCUUUUGGGAUUGAAGAAGGCUGUUUCGCAAAUGAUAACCUACGACUCAACUGCACAAGUAACAACACUACUAUUCUAGAUCGAGGGUACGCACAAUAUCGUGUGACCAAUUUAUCACUCGAUGAUGGGCUUAUGACGGUUACAAACAUGCUGAAUGACACAAGCUCCAACAAUAUGGAGAGAGUAGUCAUCACUGACUAUGAUGGUCAAUAUCAAAGUUUCUAUCCAACUUACGAGGAGGUUGUGGAUGAUAAUUUUGAUUUCUCUCAGGAGUUUGUAAUAUUGAUGAGUGCGCUAUUCCAAACAAAUGCAAUGGAAUAUGCCACAACUUUGAUGGAGGCUUCAAUUGUACAAGUUGCCGUCAUUGGAAAGACAAUUGAUAUCACUAAACGCAUAAAUAUCAGUGAGAGGAUGAUUAUUACCUUGAGGGACAUAGAGAAAGCUACACACAAUUUUGAUAGAGAUCAUGUGAUUGGUGGGGGAGGGCAUGGAGUAGUGUUUAAAGGAAUUCUGGAUCAACAUGUUGUGGCAAUCAAGAAAUCAAAGAUUGUGGUACAAAGGGAAAUAGAUGAAUUCAUAAAUGAAGUUGUGGUUCUUUCUCAAGUGAACCACAGAAAUGUGGUUAAGCUCUUAGGAUGUUGUCUUGAGACAGCAGUUCCACUCCUAAUUUAUGAGUUCAUUUCAAAUGGAACCCUUUAUCAUCAUCUUCAUGUUGAGGAAGCAAUAUCAUUAACAUGGGCGGACCGAUUAAGAAUUGCACUUGAAGUUGCUAGAGCACUGUCCUACCUACAUUCAUCUGCUUCAAUGCCAAUAUUUCAUAGAGAUAUUAAAACCGCCAACAUACUUCUUGAUGACAGUUUAGUUGCAAAGGUAUCGGACUUUGGUGCUUCAAGGUACAUCACAAUUGAUCAAACCGGAGUGACUACAGCCAUUCAAGGAACAAUUGGUUACUUAGACCCCAUGUAUUACAGUACGGGUCGGCUAACCGACAAGAGUGAUGUUUUUAGUUUUGGUGUUGUUCUUAUAGAAUUGCUCACUAGAAAGAAACCUUUUCUCUACUGCUCUGACAAUGGUGAUGGCAUUGUUUCACAUUUUGCCUCACGACUUAUAGAAGACAAACUGGUUGACAUAAUAGAUCCUCAAGUCAUGGAGGAAGAAGAUGGAGAGAUCAUAGAAGUAGCCACACUUGCAACAUUAUGUACCAAAUUAAAGGGAGAAGAUCGGCCUACAAUGAGAGAAGUGGAGAUGACACUUGAGAAUUUACUUUUUAAGAAGAAGCAUCCCCCUUGUAAUACAUCAUCAAGGAGAUAUGGUCAGAAUAAAAAUAGCUACAAACCAAUGACUGAGCAGAUUACCAAUGAAGCAAGCAGACAAUACACUAUGGAAGAGGAAAUCUUGUUGUCGGCGACAUAUGCCAGGUGA